GCCUGGAUUGAAUCGCACGUGCAGCCACACGCCGACAUGAUUUCCUCCAUCUCAAGAUGGGAAAAGAGGUACCUGUCUAGAAAUCCCAAUGACCUUCUCUUUCAGGUAUAAUAAUAGUAACCCAAUCAAGCAGCUUAGAUCGUUUGAAUUUGUCGACCAAGGGUACUGCGAUCCAACCACCUAAAACCCCUACCGCAGUCACAGCGUGAGGCUUGCCCCUGUGCCAGUGUGGCUUGCGCCUGAUCUCGGUCCGCGUCCCCAAUGACGCCACAGUCUUCCCCAGCUUGCUGAGGACCGAAUCCCAAGGUCAACGACAUUGAAGCCGACCGCGAACACGACGCAGUUUCACCUCGCUACACCAUUCAUCACUCAACAACCCGUUCCAUUUCCGUAGCACAAUUGAAAAUGCAUCUCUCAUUAGGUGCCAGUCUCCUGGCGCUCGCGUCGUCGGCGUGCGCAUUUUCCGACUCGUCUCCGUUUGUUUUCAUGUCAACCGCCGACAUCGAGAGACCCUCUUUCUUCAACGGCAACCAGUUGCAGAGCAACUCGCAGGUUCUCCGCUCGGCCAAGGCCAUGCUCGACGCCUGCCCGACGGACUGGUACCUGCUCAUCUCGCAGCCGAACGUGCACGCUUCGGAUCUGCGGUGCACCUCGGAGGACCUCAGGUGCCGACGCGCCCCGAAUCUCGUCCGCAACGCGCCCCUGGCCCGCCUGUCGGUCUCCGAGGUCGUCGGCAGCCUUUCGUUCGAGGAUUUUAGCGAGCACAUCAAGGCUGCCUGCCUGCAGCAGGGGAAGAAGGUCCACGUUGUCGAACACACUCUCAGGGAGCUCCCAUCAUCGCGGGGCGCGGAUGAGAGGGCCGCAGUCCUCGAGGAGAAUGACCAUGAACUCGGCAAGAUUUUGGACAAUGCUCAGGACGAGGGCGAGUACACAGCCAUCUACUUCUCCAACCCGAACAAGUUCAAGCCCUACGAAGCCGAGUUCGGCGAGCCGGUGCACAUGGAGCUGAGGCGGCAGUCGGUCCCUCCUCUUGUCCAGGCGAGGGCGGCGGGUGGCAACUCUACACACCGUCCGGCGCCUAUGGGCCUGUUCCAGAAGUACCAGUUCUUCACCCCUGGCGUGUUCAUGGGAUUCGUCGCCAUGAUAAUCAUUCUUUCGAUCCUUUACGUUGCGCUCAUGGCGCUCGGCAGCCUGCAGGUGCCGUACGGCGCCUUCGAGAAGGACAUGGGGCCCGCGGCGCAGAAGAAGCACAACUAAAGAGGCAUCCUGAGGAUGCGAUUUUUUCCCCUUUGUUUCGGGGCAGUUCCCCCCCCCCCCCCCCCCUCCGGAGGAUGUACGUCACCAAGGACAGUUGGGAUAGGGAGUUAUGGGCUUGUUUUUUUAUGCAUAUUCAGAGUACAGAGCGAUCAUGUCGGUCGGUAAUUCUGCUCGCCAUCUCGAGUGAUUUUGUUAUAUGGGUAUCGUCAAAUUGCGACAGUGUAUCAAGGUGCCAUGGACCAUUACCCACUGUAGUUUGCUCUCGUUUCCUUGGUCAACAUGCCAUCGUGCACAUUCAUUUACCGGUCGGCGAUGUCCAUUCUUUUAUUUUCCUCCCUUAAGCCAGAACCAGAACUCCAAGAUGAAUUCAAACAUGCAAGUGUUCCCUAAGACCCGGACACGUCCGCC